AUGCGAAAUCCGUUCGAUAGUCAAACGACCUCCGAAUUGGAAUCCGAGCACACCUACGCGCUCGUGACAACACAAAGAUUAGAACAGAAUCGAAAUGCGGCCCCAACACCUUGCCCAUGCGCCGCCACACGCGCCGGCAGGGCGUGGGUGUGUAGAGUAAUUUCCGGCGACGGAAAAAACUCCACACCACAGCUCACCCUUCCUACCCUAGGUACUACUCGAGGCAAGGAUCAAUUCAUUCAACUACGGGAAGGUCCAAUUCGUACGGCAACCGGCCGGAAUUCACUUUGA